AGUAAGAAGAAGAAGAAGACGGCCGGAAGUCGACAGUUAACAGGACCACGUGUUGGACCGCGUGAGUCCAACUCUUUUAGUCACACGGUUCUUCAGAUACAACCGGAAGGACCCACCAGAGCCCGGAUGUGUGGACUAACGUGUUGAAGAGGACUUGGUCCAAAGGUUGAGCUCAGCGUCGCGAGCCAGCAGGAAGUAGACGGAGACGGAACUCGGCCACGCGGCGAGUCGCAGCGACUCUUCAUAGAGACUAAACUGUGCGCGUCAUCGACCCACAACGUGCACGUGGACCUGUCUGAGUGGACUCUGUGUGGUUCCGCUUCAUUGAACACGUCCGGAUCGUCUCCUCGUGACGUCAGCGUGCCAGCAGGAGGGAGACGGACCCGAACGGAGCCGAGCGACACCGAGCGGGGCCGAGUGAGCGAAGCGUUUUUAACGGAGUUGUCUGGAGGAAACGUUUCUGUGAGCUCGUGAAGAUGUCUAAAGUCCAACAGCUGAGAUGUUUAGUCAACCAGCGACUAACUGCGGCUGCGCAAGAGAUCUUGGGUCUGUUUGAAAGAACGAUAGCAGAGUACGAGGAGGAACUUUGUAGUUCCAGAGAGGAGAACGAGCGACACCGGAAACGACUGGACGCUGUGUUCAACCCGGAAGUCCGGUUACAAAGAGCAGAGGAUCCAGAGCCCCCCCACAUUAAAGAGGACCAGCUUCAAGGGCUGGAGGAGGCUGGUCUCAAGUUCUCAUUCACUGUAAAGAGUGAAGAUGAUGAAGAGGAAGCUCAGUCCUCUCAGCUUCAUCAAAGACAAACUGAACACAUGGAAACAGAAGCUGAUGGAGCGGAUUGUGGAGGACCAGAACCAGACAGGAAGUUAGAUCCAGAAAGACAUCCAGGACCAGAUACUGAUGAGACUGAGGACAGUGAUGAUUGGGAGGAGACUGAGGAACCUCAGUCAGAUGUGAACCCUCAAAACAAAGAAGUACCUGUAAGUGAUGUGAACUGUAGUACUGGAAAUACAUCAAUCAGCUCUCCUGAAUGUGCUGGAAGCUCUGACCACAAGGGACAUCUGGAGAAACCCACUAGCUCCAAAACAGGAGAGAAACCAUUUCAAUGCUCACUUUGUGACAAAAGAUUUGGAUUCAAUAAGUAUCUAAAGAGACACAUGACUAUCCACACAGAAGAGAAACCAUUUCAAUGCUCUCUAUGUGGCAAAAGAUUUGGAUUCAAUAAGUAUCUAAAGAGACACAUGACAAUCCACACAGGAGAGAAACCAUUUAGUUGUUCAGUGUGUAGUAAAUCAUUUACACAAAAGGGAUCCCUGAACGCUCACAUGACUGUCCACACAGUAGAGAAACCAUUUCAAUGCUCGCUUUGUGACAAAAGAUUUGGAUUUAAUAACGCUCUAAAGAGACACAUGGCUAUCCACACAGGAGAGAAAUCAUUCACUUGUUCCGUGUGUAGUAAAACAUUUACAGAAAAGGGAACCCUGAACGCUCACAUGACUGUCCACACAGGAGAGAAACCAUUUAGUUGUUCUGUGUGUAGUAAAACACUUACAGAUGAGGGACACCUGAACGUUCACAUAGGAGAGAAACCAUUUAGUUGUUUCGUGUGUAGUAAAACAUUUUCAAAUACAGGAAAGAAACAAUUUAGUUGUUCAGUUUGUAGUAAAACAUUUACACAUAAGGGAAAGCUGAACGUUCACAUGUGUAUCCACACGGGAGAGAAACCAUUUAGUUGUUCUGUGUGUAGUAAAACAUUUACACAAAAGGGAACCCUGAAUGCUCACAUGACUGUCCACACAAGAGAGAAACCAUUCAGUUGUUCUGUGUGUAAUAAAACAUUUACACAUAAGGGAACCCUGAAAAAACAUUUAAUUAUCCACACUAGAGAAACUAAUUAGUCGUGGAGUUUGCUCAACAAGAUUCUCUUGUCUCGGUUAUUUACAAAAAUCACAAGUGUAUACGCGAGUCUCUGAAACAAAACAUAAUUACACUUAAAAACUGUCAGGCUGAUACAGACUCCAACAUAAGUGUAUUCAGCUGAGAUUAAGCUUCACAUCAAUUUAUAUUCUUUGAUGUGAGUUUCUCUGACAUGUGUAACCUUCUUUCUCUUCAGCAACGUUUCUCUUCAGUUUAAACUCAAUACUUCCUUGAUUUAGUUUUACUGUAGAAACUGACAUUUUGUUCCAUAACUGAAGAAUGACUGAAUUGAGAACAGAAUUGUGGUUAAUUGUC